AUGUCUUAAAUCACAAUAAAGAUGAUGGUUGCGUAUACCAAACAGUCUUUUGAAAAGGAUCCGGGCAAUAGGAAACCGUUCUCAAACUUUCCAGUGACGACCAACUGCUGUUACAAAUCUUUCCCCAGUUUGGCUUUAGUGACGAGAGUGUUAUACUGGGCCAAGUUUAUGCAAAUCAGUGGGUGUGGGAGCUUUCAGCCUUCUGUCCUGACAUGUCCCCUGCUACUUUUCCAUUGAAAAGGAUAAGUCGGAUUUGACAAUACUGCCCAUAACAGCAAAAUUUUUAUUUUUAAAAUCGUUUUCUAUUUUUGGGAGAACCAGAUAAGUCUCUCUCAUUUGUAAUUUUCAUUUUUUUUCUUCUUAAUUAAAUAUUUUAAAUAAGUCAAUGAACGCAAGUAGUUCAAUAAAUUUGUUUUCAUUGA